GACGUGACAGAGCCCAUAUACUGUGGUUGAUAAAUAUAUUAUUUUGUUUUGAUAUAAUAUAGAAUCUUUGAAUUAUAUAGUUGACAUGAAUGAUACAACAAUAAAACUCUUGAUAAUUGGCGAAAGCGGUGUUGGAAAAUCAAGCCUCAUCCGUCGAUUCGUACACGAUAAAUUUGACGAUAACUACGAUGUUACUAUUGGAAUGGAUUUCAAGAGCAAAGUGGUGAAUAUUGAUGGGCUUGAAUAUAAGUUGGCUCUCUGGGAUACUGCUGGUGCCGAACGGUUUCGGAGUCUUACUCCAAGCUUUUAUAGAAAGNAGGCUUUGGGAGCUGUGUUAGUUUAUCACGUCACGAACCGUGAAUCCUUGGCUAAGUUGGAGACUUGGCUUGCGGAGCUUGAAAACUAUAGUGAUAAUCCUAACAUUGCCACUAUUGUAGUUGGGAAUAAAAUCGACAGAGAGCGAAUCAUUAGUCGGGAAGAGGGACUCAAAUUUGCGCGCAAACAUAGAGCUCUAUUCCUGGAAGCAUCUGCAAAAGGAGAUGAAUGUGUCGCGGAUGUUUUCAAGGAAAUAGUAGAAAAGGUAGUUGUACACUUAUUGUGGGGAAGUGUUAAGUUAUUUGUGCAACGAUUUUGUGGUG